UAAUGACACUGCACCGCUUUAUUGUUAUUUCCUCAAAUAGUGCCCUACUCUCUACAGUAUGUAUGUAUCGUCCGCUUUAAAAAAUAGCACACCUCAAAUAGACACUUACAAUACUUUUACCACGAGACCCACGUGUGUCAAUGUAGGCAUCGUUGCCACAAUACGCUCUGCCCUCAGGGAAGACAUGGUCAUCGUUAAAGCGGAAGGAAGAUUCAAAUGAGCCUUUAUUCCUUCCAGAAUAUGGAAAUUCUGGUAUUACAGGAUCAAAUUAAACAGUAGCUAAGCAUUUGUACAAAUAUCCACACCUAGUAUUCUCUGCAGUUAAAUAGAUAAAUGCCCGUAGCCACUAUAUGACAACAUUUGGUACAAAAUAAUGUGAGGAACAGAGUUGCCAUUUAAUGGCAUUUCAUUUAAUGAAAAUGUAAUUACGCUCGCCCAGUGGUUUAAUGCGGGCUCAGGCUCCGCACUCUGGAAUGUUUGACAUUUUGAUGUCUCAGGGUUGGAUCGCGAGCUUCCAAGCGCCUUUGAGCAAGAGACUGAAAACCAAGUUGCUCACGAUGCUGCGCUAUACAAUCGGAAGUCCAUUUAUGCUGAUUGACAGGUUCUCGUUUUGACAGCAUUGGUUUUCGAUGAAUAGUCUUACCGUUACCAUUGCUGGCCAUUUUUCAGUAUUGCAAUUGCUCUGACGUUCUGCGAUGAUGAGCUUCUCUGGCUGUGGUCCUUUGUGGAUUCAAGGCAUUGAGGGCGUGACCUUGGGGUCUAAAGUGUGCUUCCGUUCAAAGCUUGUAACUCACGAGGAUGGUCCGAAAGUUUGUUCUGAUCUUAGAUACGAGUAAAUCCUGUGUUUAGUUGACUGGAGAAAGGCUGGGUGGAAUGUGUAUUAUGUGUGUGCGUGUGUGAGUGAUCAUACAUUUUGUCGCGUCAAACAAUCAUCCACUUUGUGAGGUAAGUUCAAAUGUACUUUGUAGUGUUUCUUGACUGGCACGAGUCUUCAUCUGGCGUCCAACCUGAAAGUGAUCACUCCACACGUGGUAUAUUUUUGUAUGCAUUCACCUCCAGCGCUUCCAGUCACGUUGCUGCGAGAAGUGGAAAGCCAAGAAUCUGACGAGGGACGAUGUGUUACUCUGUUUUGUGAGCUUUCUAAGACGGGACUUCCCGUCGAGUGGAAGAAGGGAACUCAACUCCUGAGUUGUGGAGAAAAGUACCAGAUGACACAAAGUGGAUUCCGUUAUGAACUACAGGUCUUUGGUUUAAGACCUUGUGACACGGGAACGUACUCUUGCUCUUGGGAGGACAAAACAAGCGCCGCCUCCCUUAAAGUCAAUGCUCUCCCAGUCGCGUUUACAAAAGAGCUGGAAGACCAAAUAGCCGAUGAGGGCCAAAGCGUGGCUCUCCAGUGUGAGCUCUCCAAACCUGGUGCCCCUGUUGAGUGGAGGAAAGAAGAACUUGGUCUUUGUCCGUGUUCCAAGUAUGACAUUAGACAGACGGAGCGCACCGCCGCGCUAGUAAUCCACGACGUAGACAAAGACGACAUGGGCUGUUACACGUGCGACGCUGGGUUUCAUCGAAGCACAGCACAUGUGGCUGUGAAGGGUAUGAUUCCCGUUAAGAGACUACUCUCUUGAGCGAAGCGGGGUACACACAUAAAGUGAUAACUGUCGCGUGUCUUGUUAUUCUUCUUCUCAACUUCGAGAUGACAACACACCGCACACUUAAAAGACCUGGCUACCAACAAACAGGAGUCUCAUCCCCCGAAGCAGAAGUGCAUUUAAAUGUGGCGUAGUACACAGACAGACCUAUGAGUGGCAAAAACUUUGCUGCACUUGCAAGUCAAUGUACCACUGUGUCAUUCCUAAAUAAUACAAAACAAAACAAAAAAAUGUACGCACACAAGCAACAUAUUUCACAUGCAAAUAUGACCAGCAAAACAGUUUGCAGAAGCUGAAUUGCCUUUUUCGAUGGCCAGGUCGACCACCUGAAUACCGAUCCCAAUGCAUAUAUAUAUAUAUAUAUAUAUAUAUAUAUGUGUGUGUGCAAUGCUAACACGUCAUCAUGGAGUUCAUCAAAAAUGUAUUUUAACAGCAAACACGAUUUUGGUGAGUUAAUGAGGAGCUAAGAAUAGACACGAAUGUGGCACUCCUGGAAUUUGAGCCGCCGCGGGUGGGCAAGGGGAGUUGCAGCCUAUCGUCCAAAGUUGACGGUAGUUUACAUUAAGUUUGUAUUAUUCCACUUCCCUUUACCCCUUGAUUGUUCAGUUCCAUGUGACAAUCCCCAAAAUAUUCAUUAUGUUUAAUAUUUGAGAGUAGCGGCCUGAGCCCUGAAUACACCUCGGACCACAUCAUAAAAUCAACCUUUGCUGACUCAGUCAGAAGGGGCAAGAUAUACCCUACUUCUGACUUUGUUUUGCAGCAGCAGCAAUUGCCGCAAAUACUGUGUAAUCAUUUUCUUUGUUUGUAGCCCAGCCAGUGCUUUUCAAAAGUCAACUGCAGAACCUUGAGAGGCAGGCAGGGGAGAGUGCGGUUCUCCGCUGUGAGACCUCAAAGCCCGGAGCGAGUGUGAUCUGGAGACACGGUGAUA